UUGACCCAGAUUUACCGAGCAACCCGCCGCCCUCAACCUCGUGGGGUUGUGCAACUCCACGGGCGCGUUCGUUUGACGCGCCACCCCUCAUUUCAGAAUGGAAGAAACCAUCAACAUAGUGCGUCCCAAACGGAAACAGCCACUUAACACUGAAGCAGAACAACAGCAGUCACAGCCUGAGCCUCACAAAACAAAGCGCAGAACUGUGGAGUCCGAAACCGAAAAGCUGACCCGACAACCCGACCCGUCAUAUUCAAAUAGGUUUCGACGCUUGUCUUGUACAUCUCACAAGAAAGAAACAGAGAGCUCCCGGGAAUGGGUCUGCAACUCUUCUCCCUCUUCUGCCUAUGGAGAGAAGUUUGUGGUUGUUUCUUAUAACAUUCUGGGUGUUGAGAAUGCAUCCAGUCACUCAGAUAUGUAUGGUAAUGUGCCACCCAGAUACAUGAAGUGGAAGCACCGCAAGAGGCUUAUACGAAAAGAGGUCAAUAGUUACAAUGCUAGCAUUGUGUGUUUUCAGGAGGUUGAUCGUUUCGAUGAUUUAGCUCGUAAGUUCCGGAAAGAUGGGUUUGAAGGUGUGCACAAGGCACGUACGGGUGAAGUGAGUGAUGGAUGUGCUAUAUUUUGGAAACAAGACAUGUUUAGCCUUUUGCAUCAAGAAAGUAUAGAGUUCCAAAGUUUUGGCCUUCGUCAUAAUGUUGCGCAAUUUUGUGUUUUGAAGUUGCAAGAUCAUUUAGAGUCAGCUAUACCUCCUGAAACAUCAAUAUAUAGGAGGCCAUGUACCGAAAGUAGGAGCUUAGUGAUUGGUAAUAUACAUGUCCUAUUCAAUCCUAAGCGUGGCGAUAUUAAGCUAGGCCAGGUCAGACUGUUUCUUGAAAAGGCUUACAAACUAUCACUAGAAUGGGGAUCUAUCCCUGUUAUAGUUGCUGGGGACCUAAAUAGCACUCCACAUAGUCCUAUCUACCAGUUUCUAGCUUCAUCUAAGUUAGACAUCCAAAAACAUGACUGCAGACGUGUUUCGGGGCAGAUUGAACAUAUAUCUCAGUUCAAAAACUUCACGUAUAACGCAAGAAGGUAUGGAAAGCCAUGGAAUGCAGAAGAAGUGAGGCUUGCAACGGGCAGUGAAGAAAUCACUCAUCUUCAACACCAUCUGAAGCUAGGCAGUGCAUAUAUUGGAGUACCUGGUAGUCACAGAACAAGAGACAGGUGUGGAGAACCCUUGGCAACAACAUACCACUCCGAGUUUUUGGGAACUGUUGAUUAUAUUUGGCAUACAGAGGAUCUUGUUCCGGUCAGAGUUCUUGAAACGUUACCCAUUGAUAUUUUAAAAAGAACUAGUGGACUUCCCAACAAGAAAUGGGGGAGCGAUCAUCUUGCUCUUGUAUGUGAAAUGGCUUUCCGUAGGUGACAACACUCACAGCAGUAGCCCUUUACUAGUGCCAUUUUCAGUUCAAGCCCUAGCCUGGCAGGCUACAUUCUAAAAGUUUUGCAUCAUCAUGAGAAACCCGGGUUUGUGAGAUUGUUACCAAGAUCCUUGACAUUAACAGUAAUAAUUAUUGUUUCAGGCCGAAGUGGAAUUCGUGACAUUAUGGUUGUAUUAUCAAUUAUUCUAUGAACAUGACCUGUAUACUUGUAGUCUU